AUGACAGAUGGCAUGGGAACUGGUGCGAGCCAACAACUGCCGACUUUGAGGGGCUCUCUUGAAAGUGGAAAGUCAGCCAUCGUGGAUGCCGUGGAAAGCCGAAAAAGCCAAACAGAUCACGACCACGGCAAAAAAUACGUUGGAAUUUAUCGUAAAAAAAAUAAUAGGCAUGCCAGGUUAAGCUGCUCAGGAAAAAAUGGAAAAUGUUACCUGAGUUGUGAUUCAGACUGCAAAUCAAAAGAUUCAUCGUGUUCUUCGAAAAAUAAAUCUUCAACAAGUUGUGAUGCUAGUAGUGCGACUUCUUAUGAUUUAACAAAAUUAAUUGAAUCGCUUGGAAAGCCACUUUUCUUAAAAUUUAAACAAAAAGAAGCCGACUGUGAUACGGACGGUACAACUGAAGAAAAAUCAUCUAUCUGA